UUAAGUUUCCAUCGAACACACUCGUGCUUGUACGCUUGUUGUAUACUACACGUGGUUACAAGUUUUUAUAUCAUUCCUCGUUGUUUAUUUACAAUUCGAACCUAGCCAUGGGCAAACCAGAUUUUAGAGGAGGCCGUGGCGGCGGCGGUUUCGGCGAAGGCCGCGGGGGCCGCGGUGGUGGUGGAGGCCGCGGCGGUUUCGGCGGAGGCCGCGGCGGCGGUGGCGGCAGAGGUGGCUUCGGCGGAGGAGGAAGAGGAGGCGGCGGAGGCCGCGGUGGAUUCGGCGGCGGCGGUAGAGGAGGCGGAGGCCGAGGUGGCGGCGGUCGCGGGGGCCGAGGCGGCGGCGGCAGAGGAGGCCGCGGCGGUGGCGGAGGCGGCUUCAAGGGAGGCAAAACCGUUGUGAUUGAACCCCAUAGGCACGAAGGAGUCUUCAUAGCGAGAGGUAAAGAAGACGCUCUAGUUACCCUCAAUCUGGUGCCCGGUUCGGAAGUGUACGGGGAAAAAAGGAUAUCGGUCGAGAACGAAGGCAACAAAACCGAAUACAGAGUAUGGAAUCCAUUCAGAAGUAAAUUGGCUGCCGCGAUAUUAGGAGGAGUCGAUCAAAUCCACAUUGCACCGGGCAGCAAAGUUCUAUACCUCGGAGCGGCGUCCGGUACCACAGUGUCUCACGUAUCCGAUUUAGUGGGGCCCGAAGGGCUCGUGUACGCCGUGGAAUUCUCCCAUCGAUCGGGUCGAGAUCUGAUCAACGUGGCCAAGAAGCGCACCAACAUCAUCCCUAUCAUAGAAGACGCCAGACAUCCCCAUAAAUACAGGAUGCUAGUGGGAAUGGUGGAUACGGUAUUUGCGGACGUGGCCCAGCCGGACCAGGCUAGAAUAGUGGCUUUGAAUUCGCAGUAUUUCCUGAAAAACGGUGGACAUUUCGUUAUAUCUAUUAAGGCUUCUUGCAUCGAUUCGACCGCUCAACCCGAAGCCGUCUUCGCUUCGGAAGUCAAAAAACUCCAGGCGGAUAAAUUGAAGCCGCAGGAACAGAUCACUUUGGAGCCCUACGAAAGGGAUCACGCCGUCGUUGUGGGAAUAUAUCGACCUCCUCCAAAGAAUUGAUUUUUUUUGGCUUAAGAUGCUUAUGCAUUAGAGGCCUUAAGUGAACGAACAUGAACUAAACCAAGCGUUUGAAUAAGUAUGGAGUUUUAUUUUUAAAUAGGCUUGGUUUAUUUUCUGUUUGUACGAAUUGUUAAGUAUAAUUAAGUUUAGAAUUUUCAAAAACUAUGUAAUUAGUUUUUUUAUGUUUUAGUUAAUAUACAUAAGACUUGUUAAGUACGAGUUGGUUUGUAAAAAAUAAAUAUAUUUCCUAAUUUUAUUGUGA